AUGACGGAUAUUGGCAUCGGCCUCGACUCCCAUAAUCGCAAUCGCAGCCACGACAUAACCGACAGACACAGCGGAGACGACAGUUACGACAGCCACGACGACCAUGGCAAUCGCUCGUCGAAAAGCUACAGCCCUCGGCACGCCAGCCGUCUAAAGCUCCUCGUCAAGCACAUCAAAAGCCAUCCCGGGGCCUAUCUGGUAGCCCUCCCAGCGCUAUAUUUCCGCUUCUUCCCUAUAAUCUUCACGCACAACUCUGGGCCUCUAAGCGUGUACCUCGCCGUCGUGCUGGUCUUCGUACCCGUCAAGGUGAUCCUGGCGGCAUGGCGGGCAUACCAUUCUUCAUCCUACGCAUCCAAGAGGCGGAAGAGAAAGGGCAGCUUCCUGUUGCCGUCCAAUGGGCCUUCUACAGCGGGCAGGGCUAAGAGAGGUGGAGGAGCGGCGCAAUCGCUGCUCUGGCUGAGUGGUGCGCUCUUCAGCAUGUGGGUUUAUACAACGGGCAUCUCGUCCCCAUUCCCCACGGCGGCGUCCAUUAUGGCCUAUUCCCCUACGUUACAAGAGCAUCAAGCACGCAAUGCGAGCUACUUCAUUGCCGCCUCCUUCUGGAACAACGAAGACAUCUUAGACUCGUGGACCACGCAGGCUCUCAAGCUCAUCGACGUUCUCGGCCGGCCGAACGUUUACGUUUCGUUGACGGAAAACGAUAGCGACGACAACACGGCCAGCAAGCUGCUGCACUUUGGCCGCGAGCUGACGAGGCGCAAUAUAGCGCACAGCGUCAACAUAACGACAGACCUGCGCGGGUACCCCCCGGAAAAUCCCUGGCACAGCAUUGAGCACAGAAUGGGCUACAUGGCAAAUCUUCGCAACGGCGCCUUGGAGCCCCUGGAGCGAUUAAACAGGCGAUUCGCGAAUGUCAUCAUCCUCAACGACGUCGUCUACCACCAUACCGACGUGCUCAAACUAAUUGCAGCAGUAGGAGGUGAUGAUGUCGGCGGACGGCAGGCCAAGUAUCCCAUGUCGCAUCAGAUCGCGAAGCCGGGCAAAAGACGCAUGGCCUGCAGCAUCGACAUGGACGGCGCGACGGUGUAUGACACUUGGGUGCUUCGCGAUCGUUGUGGAAGGCCCGUAAGUGGCUUCUGGCCCUUUUUCACAGCAGAGGAGGACAAGAAGGCUGUACGCGAGAACCGAGUGUUGGAGGUUGGCACCUGUUGGAACGGCCUCGUGGUCCUCGAUGGGGACAUGCUGCUCGACCCGCCUCUCCGCAGCAAGAAGGCGAAUUGGGACGCGGCAACGCUGCGCUUCCAACAGCCGCCCGCAUGCAUCAUUUCCGAAUGCUCGUUAUUGCCGUUGGCCAUCACCAACGUCACAGGCGGCGCCCCAGUAGUCAUGGACCCCUCCGUCAUAGUGGGCUACAGCAUCGGGUGGUGGAGGUACUAUGCAGUCUGGCUACGCAUGCCUGUCGUGCGGCUGUGGAUGAACAUAUUCGAGCAGGGAUACUGGAACCUCUGGUGGAAAUUGGGGAUGGGCAAAGGCUUACGAUGGGCCGGGCUGGACGACGGCAAAGAGAAGAACGAGUGCAUCAUCACCGGGUGGCCCAGGUGCGAGAGCACCGAGCGCGAGUAUACCGUCAAGGGAGCAAUUAGACUUGGCAAGUGA